AUGAAAGUGGGCCGUGUGGCCAUCAUCACCCGUGGCCGUUACGCCGGUAAGAAGGUCGUCAUUGUCCAGCCUAACGACACUGGCUCCAAGGCGCACCCCUUCCCUUACGCCAUCGUCGCCGGUAUCGAGCGCUACCCCCUCAAGGUCACCCGCCGCAUGGGUAAGAAGACCGUCGAGAAGCGCAGCCGCAUCAAGCCCUUCAUCAAGGUCGUCAACUACAACCACUUGAUGCCCACCCGUUACACUCUCGAGCUCGAGGGUCUCAAGGGUGCCGUCUCCAACGACACCUUCAAGGAGGUCUCCCAGCGUGAGGACGCCAAGAAGAACGUCAAGAAGGCCCUCGAGGACCGCUACACCAGCGGCAAGAACCGUUGGUUCUUCACUCCUCUGCGUUUCUAA